AUGGAACUGACCUCGAGAUCCCUUACAAUUUUACAGCUGCGUACAAAGAAACAGACGGUCUACGGAUCAAAGACCGAAGGGUCGUUGUGGACGUUGAGCGUGGGCGCAUGGUCCCUGGAUGGAGACCGAGGAGACUUGGCGGAGGCCUUGGUGGACGAGGAUAUACCAAGCAGGCCCCUGCAAAGCCUACAUUCGGACCCCCUGGUGGGUAUGGCGGCACAUUCAGAGGUGGUUACGGCGGUCGUGGAAACUUCCGCGGCGGUUAUCGCGGCGACCGAGGAGGCUAUGGUGGACGAGGUGGCAUUGGAUACCAAGGAGGAGGAGCAUUCGGCGGACGACAAGGGUAUCAGAAUGGACCUCCUCCUCCCAAUGCGCCCAGCGGACCUGGUGGCAGGGGUGGCUAUGGCGGAGGCUAUGAAGACCGGCGAAAUGGAUACGGUGGCGGAAGGGACCAACGCGGCGCAACUGGCAGCAACACCGAUCCACUCGGAGGACGAGAUCGUGGGUACGACAAUCGAGACCGAGACCGAGACCGAGAUCGAGACCGAGAUCGAGACCGAGAUCGAGAACGAGACAGAGACCGCGAUCGAUACGGUAGCAGCAGACGUGAAGACGACUACAGCUCGAGAAAACGAUACCACGAAAAUGACGGGUACGAUGAUCCCAGACAACGCAGAAGGUAUUGAACCUCCUCGUCCCGUGAUUUGUAUUGAGUACAACCUUUCUGCCACCUUAUGGCUGGUCGCGGGUGGGUCCUUUAAUGCUCAACAUCCUCAAACAAACCGUGGAGGUUUUCGGUCAACCUCAUGUCCCUUUGCAUUCGCACGGCCAUGGUAA